AUGUCGUCUCCAUCAUCAUCAUCCCACUCGGGAAAGCGAAAGCGCCCUUCAUCCACCGAUGCCAACUUCCACAUGAUGGAUCCUACAUUACAACCUUCGUCGCGCGACGCCUCCGCUGAAGAAGGCGAUACCACGGCUCCCGAAUCUGGCAGGCUCCAGAGCCGCAAGCUCGAAUUAACCACGUCGUCCUCCUCCGCCCAUCCGUCUAAGAGGCAGCGGGCUAACUCGGACCGCGCCAAUGCCGAGGCCAGGCUUGACCCCGGCGAGCCCAGCGACACUACCGAGGCCAGCGUAGACAUCGCCGAGAGGGUUGGGCGCAGAGGUAGGAAGCCUUCCCUCAUCACCAAGGAUGAGAACGGUGAGAAGGCUGUUGCCAUGGCUCCUCCCCCAAUUGGCAACCUCGCCGACCCUGUCGGCUACAAGACGAAUCCGCCUCCCGUUGGUAGACCUGUACGAGUCUAUGCCGACGGAGUUUUUGAUCUUUUCCAUCUCGGGCACAUGCGACAGCUCGAACAGGCCAAGAAGGCUUUCCCCGAAGUCUACCUCAUGGUUGGCGUUACUGGCGACGAAGAUACCCAUAGGCGCAAAGGCCUGACUGUGCUCUCCGGCGCCGAGCGCGCCGAGACGGUGCGCCACUGCAAGUGGGUCGAUGAGGUCGUCGAAAACUGCCCUUGGAUCGUGACUCCCGAGUUCCUCGACGAGCAUCAGAUUGAUUACGUCGCUCACGAUGAUAUCCCCUACGGCGCCGACGAAGGCGACGAUAUCUACGCCCCCAUCAAGGAGGCUGGCAAGUUCCUUGCCACCCAGCGCACCGAGGGUGUCAGCACGACAGGCAUCAUUACAAGGGUCGUAAGGGAUUACGAAAAAUACCUUGCUCGACAGUUCAGGCGAGGUGCUUCUCGACAGGAGCUCAACGUCAGCUGGCUCAAGAAGAACGAGAUGGAUCUAAAGCGCCACGUGCAGGACCUGCGCGAAAACAUCCGUACCAACUGGUCCACUACUGGCCAGGAGCUUAGCCGCGAGCUCCGUCAGUUUUGGCCCGCCAGCAGGCCUCAGAGCCCUGCCCGCUACAACCCACACGCCUCCAACGGCGAUACGCUAUCCCCGCUACCGCACUCAGAUCGCCUGGCCUCCCCGGUGAUGACGAAGAGCCGUAGCCGGGAUUUGGACAGCCGGCCAGCGAGCGACGAUGAUUCCGAAGAGAGCGGGUCCGACAAGGUGCAGCUCCAAAGGCCCGCCUCCGCGAAGAUCUAG